GAUCCUGGCCGGAGCCCAGCCGGGCGCUGGGGGUCUGAGCAGGGAUGGCCGCCGCGGCCGCGGUGAUCCCGCCGUCGGGCUUGGACGAUGGGGUGUCUCGGGCUCGCGGGGAAGGCGCAGGGGAGGCUGUGGUGGAGCGCGGGCCAGGAGCGGCCUACCACAUGUUCGUGGUGAUGGAAGACUUAGUGGAGAAGCUGAAGCUGCUCCGCUACGAGGAGGAGCUACUCCGAAAGAGCAAUCUGAAGCCCCCGUCCAGACACUACUUUGCUCUGCCUACCAACCCAGGCGAGCAGUUCUACAUGUUUUGCACUCUUGCUGCGUGGCUGAUCAACAAAACUGGCCGUGCCUUUGAGCAGCCUCAAGAAUACGACGAUCCCAAUGCAACUAUAUCUAAUAUACUCUCUGAGCUUCGCUCUUUUGGGAGAACUGCAGAUUUUCCUCCUUCAAAAUUAAAGUCUGGUUACGGAGAACAAGUGUGCUAUGUUCUUGAUUGCUUAGCUGAAGAAGCUUUAAAAUAUAUUGGUUUCACUUGGAAAAGGCCAUCAUACCCAGUGGAAGAACUAGAAGAAGAAACUGUUCCAGAAGAUGAUGCCGAGUUAACAUUAAGUAAAGUGGAUGAAGAAUUUGUGGAAGAGGAGACAGAUAAUGAAGAAAACUUUAUUGAUCUCAACGUUUUAAAGGCCCAGACCUAUCGCUUGGACACAAACGAGUCUGCCAAACAAGAAGAUAUUUUGGAAUCUACGACAGAUGCUGCGGAAUGGAGCCUAGAAGUUGAGCGUGUACUACCGCAGCUGAAAGUCACGAUUAGGACUGACAAUAAGGAUUGGAGGAUCCAUGUUGACCAAAUGCACCAGCACAAAAGUGGGAUUGAAUCUGCUCUGAAGGAGACCAAGGGGUUUUUGGACAAGCUCCAUAAUGAAAUUAGCAGGACUCUGGAAAAGAUUGGCAGCCGAGAAAAGUACAUUAACAAUCAACUUGAGCACUUGGUUCAAGAAUAUCGUGGGGCCCAAGCCCAGCUAAGUGAGGCAAGGGAGCGCUACCAGCAGGGCAAUGGCGGAGUAACUGAACGGACCAGACUCCUCUCUGAGGUUACAGAAGAAUUAGAAAAGGUAAAGCAAGAAAUGGAAGAGAAGGGCAGCAGCAUGACGGACGGCACUCCUUUGGUGAAGAUUAAGCAGAGCUUAACCAAGCUGAAGCAAGAAACUGUUCAGAUGGACAUUAGAAUCGGUGUGGUGGAGCACACGCUACUUCAGUCAAAACUCAAGGAGAAGUGCAACAUGACCAGGGACAUGCAUGCAGCUGUCACCCCAGAGUCAGCAAUUGGCUUCUAUUAAACACGUGGGCUUCCAUGCUUCUGAUUAUUUCGUUUUUAUAUCAAAUGAUUUUUUAAUGUUGCAUUGAUUUCCAAACACAAUUUAUACUUCUUCAAGCAUAUUCAGUGGGUAUUUUUGCACAUGUGUUAAUAUCAUGGUGAUUAUGAUGGCCAAAGCCUGUACAAUGAAUAUAGUAUUUAAUAAAGUACUUAAAAUUAUCAUGUUCAGAGAAGUGUUCACUGGCAUUACCAAUGGCAUACUGCUGCCUGGUGGCUCAUUAGUAUUUUUUGUCUAAGUGACACAUGGAUCAUGUGUAUCCUGUGACCCUCUGGACUACUGACAGAGGACUGGUACCUCUGAGGAUGCCCAGAGCUGGUACCAUUCUACAGUGACCACUAGUACUUACAUAUUAGAGAAGCUAAGAAUAGGAGUUAGAGUUCUUCGUAGGAAGCCAAACUUUCUUGCCUCAUCUCUAGAGUUGAUAUUACCACCUCCUUAACUGUAAAAACAAGAAAGUUCAGUAUCCACGUUAACAGGUGAAAUCUAGUAUUUGAAAUAGUAGCUCUGCCAUAUUUGGCUCAGCUACUGUAACGAGGGAAACGAUGCCUAUGCCUGUGUCUGCAACCUAUGCAUUCACAUGGAGUCAGCUCUGCAAACAUGGUUCUGUAGAAGCCACCAUGAUGAAUCCCAUGGUCACCCUCUGGUAGUGACAGUCCUUUAUUAGGCACCCUACUCAGCAAUUUUUCUAGACUAUGAUUUCUAAGUCAGCCACAUAAGCAUUAUUGAAGAGUAGCUUUUCUGGGCUGGGGGUCUGGGUCAGUUAGCACAGUUCUUGUCUGACAGGCAGGCUCUGGAUUUGAUCCUCAGCACUAUAGAAACAAGUUGGUGAUGCACACCUAUGAUGUAGCUCUCCAGGUGAAGCAGGGGACUGAAGUUCAAACUCAUGGACCGGCAAGAUGACUCAGUGGGUAAAGGCUCUUGCUACUAAGUCUAAUAACUGGGGUUUUAUCCCCAGCUCCAGUGGUUUGUACACAUGUGUACACCUAGACACAAGUGUGCACACAUAGACACACACACACAAUAGGUAGGUAGAUAGACAGAGAGACAGACAGAUACCCUUCAUUAGUUUGAAGAAGUAAAAAUCACUUCAUAGUAAAUUUUGACUUAAAAAUGCUUACGUUUAUUUUUAUGUUUAGGAAAAACAUAUUAAAAUAUAAUUUUAAAUCC